CAUAUUGCAUGUACAGAAUAUUUUCCUCGCAUUCCUGCCUCUACGGCAAGCAAGCAUGCGCACGAGCCGCUCCGCUUUGGCCUAAUUUGGAUAUUGUAAUGAGGGUCUUCAGACAGCCAAUGGGGGGCGAGCAAGCGCACAUGUGACGCUGAAGGACCGCUCGGGGGGCGGGGCGAAGAGCGAGGCUUCGGUUAAAAGCGGUGCAGAAGAGACAGCGCAUUCAGAGUAGGGAGAAGCAGGGACUCACUAUGAGGGGGAACUUUGUUACUAUGAAACUUAGGAAUAUUUGCAAAAUAUUGUAAAAAUUAUCAAAAUCCCUCGUGAAUCAAUAACCUGCCCCUAGGGUUUGAGGUUUUUAGUCUAGUCCGCCCGGAAAGGGCUUCUACACUCACUAUUCUUACACUUUUUUGAAAGAAUGUGUGAGACAGGCAGUUAGCCAGCUAGCUAGCUAGCUGAGAGGUGAUACAGGCGGCAGGAGAACAAAAGAUUUUUUUUGCGUUUUGGCCGGUUGUACUGACACCAAGUCCAUGCAGAACGUGUCAUUACCAUCACAAUGCCCGUUUUACUUUUUCUGAUAGACACGUCCGCUUCAAUGAACCAGCGCACCCAUCUGGGCACUACCUAUCUGGACAUAGCAAAAGGCGCUGUUGAGACUUUUAUGAAGCUCAGAGGGAGAGAUCCGGCGAGCCGAGGGGACCGGUAUAUGUUGGUAAAUUUUGAAGACGUUCCGUUCGGGAUAAAGGCUGGAUGGAAAGAGAGCCAUGCCACAUUCAUGACAGAGUUGAGGAACCUCCAAGCAACCGGACUCACAACUAUUGGCCAGUCCUUGAGGACCGCUUUUGAUUUACUCAAUCUCAAUAGAUUAGUGACUGGGAUAGACAACUAUGGACAGGGAAGGAAUCCCUUUUUCCUCGAGCCUGCCAUCAUAAUCGCCAUCAGCGACGGCAACAAGUUGACCAGCAGCAGCGGAGUCCAAGAUGAGCUCCAUCUGCCUCUGACCACCCCGCUGCCGGGUAGCGAGCUGACCAAGGAGCCCUUCCGCUGGGACCAGCGUCUGUUCGCUCUGGUACUGCGAAUCCCAGGCAACGCUUCGGUGGAGCCCGAACCCCUCGGCGGUGUCCCACCUGACGAUUCUCCCAUCACUCCCAUGUGUGAGGUCACAGGAGGACGAUCCUACAGCGUGUUCUCUCAGCGUAUGUUGAAUCAGUGUCUGGAGUCUCUAGUGCAGAAAAUCCAGAGUGGAGUGGUGAUAAACUUUGAGAAGACUGGGCCUGACCCCCCUCCUCUAGAGGAUGCUCCAGCUGAGGCAGUGAAGUCCAGUGUACAGCCGUGGCACUGUUGUCACAAGCUAAUCUAUGUACGACCCAACCCUAAAACCGGCGUCCCCAUCGGUCACUGGCCCAUCCCUGAGGCCUUCUGGCCGGAUCAGAACUCUCCAACGCUGCCCCCACGCUCAGCCCACCCCCAUGUUCGUUUCUCCUGUCUGGACGCGGAGCCCAUGGUGAUAGACAAGGUGCCCUUCGACAAGUAUGAGCUGGAGCCUUCGCCUCUCACACAGUACAUUUUGGAGAGAAAGUCCCCGCACACCUGCUGGCAGGUGUUUGUAUGUAACAGUGCCAAGUACAGUGACCUGGGCCAACCGUUUGGCUACUUAAAGGCCAGCACAGCUCUUAACUGUGUCAACCUGUUUGUGAUGCCCUACAACUACCCUGUGCUUCUGCCACUUCUGGACGACUUGAUCAAAGUGCACAAGUUCAAGCCUACCAUCAAAUGGCGGCAGUCCUUUGAGAACUACCUGAAGACCAUGCCCCCAUAUUACAUUGGGUCCCUGAGGAAGGCACUGAGAAUCAUGGGAGCACCAAACCUGCUGGCUGACAACAUGGAGUAUGGCCUGAGCUACAGCGUAGUCUCCUACCUGAAGAAGCUCAGCCAACAGUCAAAAAUCGAGUAUGACCGCCUGAUUGCCUUGAUUGGUAAGAAGCUGCCACCGGAGGCCGGCAUCAAGGUCCGUUGGCGAGGGGGAGGUAUAUCUCUGGCCCAGCGCAGGGACUUCAUCCAGCAGCUGCAGAGUCUCACAGGAGAGGCUCCAGCUCUGCCCAUGGAGCUCAACCCCAAAGAGUUUCAGGGCUUUCACCUGGCACUGCUCAACAAGGGCCUGAAGCCGCAGAGCUUUAGGAAUCCCUAUGACAUCCCCCGCAGCCAUCUGCUGGACCAGCUCAGCCGAAUGAGGAGGAACCUGCUCAACACCAGCGUCUGUAAUCUUAGAGGGCAGGACUCCGACCAGCUUCACAGUGUGCCAAUAGCCCAGAUGGGCAACUACCAAGACUUCCUCAAAGCUGCUCCUCAGCCCCUUCGAGACGCAGACCCAGAGCAGCCAAAACGCUUGCACACAUUCGGCAACCCCUUCAAACUAGACAAAAAGGGCAUGAUGAUCGACGAGGCGGAUGAGUUCGUGACUGGCCCUCAGAACAAGGGGAAGAGACCGGGAGACAGCAACAACAUGCCGGGUGGGGGCCCCAAGAGACGUCGCUGCAUGUCACCUCUGCUGCGUCUGGGCAGGGCCUACACCCCUCCAGUAACACCCCCUGCCAGCCCUCGACCAACAGCAGACAUGGACGAGAAUGAGGACACACCUGAACCGGACCUGAUCAUCAACCACCUGAAUCAGAACCACUACGGCUCAGAGACCUCGGACUCGGAGGUGGAUCAUCCCUCGGGGCCUGCAGACCACCAGGAGAACCACACGGCCGAGGACCCCCAGGACCUCCGGCACACGGACGAGGAGGAGAACGGCCGUGCCCUGGCGGGCGAGCUGCUGCCGGGCUGCGAGGGAGGAGCAGAGAUGGUCCUGGUGGAGGACCAACCGCACCGCUUCCUGUCACCUGCAGCUCUGAAGAAGCACAUUCACACAGAGACGACCAAGGUCAACAACGAGCUGAGGGCACUCAUCACCAAGGAGAUCAGAAAACCUGGCAGACACUACGAGAAGAUAUUCCUCCUUCUGAAGCAGAUCCAGGGCACUCUGGACACCCGACUCAUCUUCCUCCAAAACAUUAUUAAGGAGGCAGCCAGGUUCAAGAAGCGCGUUCUCAUCGAGCAGCUGGAGAACUUCCUGGAAGAGAUCCACAACAGAUCCAAUAACAUGAACCACGUGGAUACGCUCUGAGACCGGCCCAAACUGAACUUGCUGAUAAUGACCCCGACAACCCUCCACAUCCUUAUUAAACCUCCCCUCCUCCUGUACUGGGCCCCCCACGGAGACGAGACAAGACUACAUCCAGCCCUCAAACUGUCACCUCUUCAGUGGACUCUUCUUCAUUGUCUCAGCAUUGUUGAUGGUCGUGUUGGUUUGCACACAGUAUGAACUGGUUGACCCUGGAUGGUUCAAGGGCAUUUUUCUGAUAUCAAAAAGGGGGAGUGUGGAAGAAUUUUAUCUCCACAGGUGAAGUGUUUGCCUACACAAUGAGGUUUUUGGCCUGUAGAACAUUUGAGCACAGUUGUUUUCUGAUCAGUGAACCCGUCCUGAGGCAUUCCCGUUGAUUAUUCUCCUCUGAUUCGGUUUUCUUUUUAAAUGACAAACGAGUUUUAAAAAAAAAAAAAACCCUUAAACGAGAAGGUGGAGUAAACGAGGGAGUGCAGGACCUUUCUGGAGAGGAACCGAUGGCUGCCUGCGCCCUGGGUGUUACGUUCAGCCAUGUCUUAUUUGUUGACGACAUGACGGGCCGACAGUGUAGGAAGGGUUCAAGUUGUGUGAGUGCGUGUGGUCGCGCGUGCGUUUUCAGCCAACUCAGGGUCAAACGGGAUCCAGUGGAGAUGCUCAUGAAACAUUUUUCUCCCCUCAUGCCUUUUCAUUCGUUCACUUUUCCCUUCUCGUUAGGUUUUCUACUUUUUUGGCGUUUUGUUGUGUGGGAGGAUGAGAGUCUGUCGUCGUGUUUGAUUGUUGAAAUUAACUUUCUACACUCCACUAACUGAAGCACUCCACUGCUGUGCUCUUAAAUGGGUAUGACUUGGCUCAAAUCUUGAAUUUGUCAACUUGUGGUUUACCUGCCAGACUGACAAUUAAUGUUAUUGAGUAGUAACUUAAGAAUGAAUAAUUUUUGUUUCCCCCCGGGGGGAAAAAAAAAAGCUGAUCUGCAUUUUUCGUUACGCCUAGAGACAGUAAACUUAAAAAGUCUGUCUUUAUCAAUGCAGGUUUUCAGAGAGACCAACACAAAGUAAAAUCAUUUUGAAUGAUGCAACAUUAUUGGUUACAAAUGUUGAAAUACAGGGACAACAAGCUCAGGAACUAACACUAAUGCAUCAUAAUCAGCAAUAACAUUGGAGCUACUUUUACCCCCAUUUUUAUCUUUAUUUUAGCCUGAAACAGCUGAUAUGCAACACAAACUGUUGUCCCCUGGAGUGUUGAUGAAUCGAGGGCUCGGAUGCCAGCUUGUCCCAACAUGUCCCAACAUGCUGGUCGCUGCCAAAUAACUUAACCUGCCCACUGAACUCCUCCCCCGCCGUGAAUCUCAAACCAACUACUUGUCACUUAACCGUGAAUGCACUUGUGUAAAUUUGAGAAUGUUUAUUUAAUGUAAUUUAAAAGAAAAAAACUACCUUUUUGUUGAAGAACUUUGUUUUCCAACAAUCUUCUUCUUUUUUUGUCAGUCCUUUUCAAUUUUCUCAAAUAUACACAAAUAAUAUGAAUUAAGGUCUAGAGGUCAAGAGUUGAUUUCUGAUUCAGAGGGCAGCCCUCUUCUGUUCCCUCCCUCCUUGGACAGGGACCAAAAUCUGCCAUACUUGUCUUUGUUUGUGAAGAGGCCGCUACCAAAAGAGUAUUUUGAAUACACUGUAAAGAUGUAAAUAACCCUAGAGUACUAUUUAAAGAGAAUGUUCAGUGGAAAACGGCCUUUUUGUAAGUAUUUCCAUGAAUAAAGUUUCUAUUUUACACUGUGAAGGGCCAUGUAAAUAAAGUGUUCUGUAAAGAUGUGA